UGCCCUUUCAGCCCUUCUCCCCAUUAGGCUGCUUCAACUUGUGUCCCCCUCCUGGGCCACUCCCAGCCCCUAGCCUAUUCCCUCCCUCUUGUGUGGAGCCCCUGCGUCCUCCCAUCUCGCCCCACAAGCCUUGCCACUGUCAGACCCUCUUCUGCUACUUCCUGAUCCCCCCUCCCGUUCUUUUUCAGCCCCCUUUUCCUACUGUGGCUCUUACCUGCUUCAUUUUCCUCUUUCAUACCUGCCCCUUCCUACUCCCAAUGCAAUGUGCACCCCUCUUCCAUUCCCCCUAUCAACCACGGAUGCUGAUCCCUGGAGCACUGGCAAAACUACCAGUUCUCCUUUCCCUCACUGUUCUCUGUACUCCUGCCAGAUUGAUGUCAGCUGGGGUUUAGCAAGGGGGGUAAGCAGGGUGGGAGAGGAGAGUUGAUCUGGCUCCCUGAAGACCCCCUGCUCUACUGUAGCUCCUGAUGGCAGGGAGGAGGGAAAGAAUCUGUAGGGGGACCCUGUUGACUCCCAAAAGCCCACCUGGAUGUGCUACAUUUCAGCAGAGAUGGGAGCAGACCUCGCUGGGGGUAAGGGAGGAUGCCUUGGCAGAUGCUUUCUUGUCCCCUCAAAGAAAAUUGGUGCUUUACCCUCAGACCUGUCUGACUUUAGUGAAGAGAUCAUGACUGAAGUCCUCUUUUCAGCUGUUUUGAAUGGGACUGAAACCAACAUUCUGUCAAACACUGGCUGGACUCUGGGAAAUGCCACAACCAAAUGUUCCCUAACCAAAACCGGCUUCCAGUUCUAUUACCUGCCCACUGUCUACAUUCUGGUCUUUAUCACUGGAUUCCUAGGUAAUAGUGUGGCAAUCUGGAUGUUUGUCUUCCACAUGAGACCAUGGAGUGGCAUCUCAGUUUACAUGUUCAAUCUGGCAUUAGCUGAUUUUUUGUAUGUCUUGACACUCCCUGCCCUCAUCUUUUAUUACUUCAAUAAAACUGACUGGAUUUUUGGAGAUAUCAUGUGCAAACUGCAAAGGUUCAUCUUCCAUGUAAAUCUAUAUGGCAGCAUUUUGUUUCUGACUUGCAUCAGUGUACACAGAUACACAGGGGUAGUGUAUCCUUUGAAAUCGCUUGGGAGACUGAAGAAAAAGAAUGCUGUUUACAUCAGUACCCUUGUUUGGGUCAUUGUUGUAGCUGGGAUUUCUCCUAUUUUGUUCUACUCUAGAACUGGGAUAAGGAAAAAUAAAACUAUUACAUGUUAUGAUACAACAACUGAUGAUUAUCUGAGAAGUUACUUCAUUUAUAGCAUGUGCACCACUGUGUUUAUAUUCUGCAUCCCGUUCAUAUUGAUUCUUGGUUGUUACGGGCUAAUAGUGAAAGCUUUGAUUUAUAAGGAUUUGGACAAUUCUCCUCUUAGGAGAAAAUCAAUUUACCUUGUUAUUAUUGUGUUGAUGGUCUUUGCUGUAUCUUAUCUUCCCUUUCAUGUGAUGAAGACCUUGAAUCUAAGAGCCAGACUGGAUUUUCAGACUCCACAAAUGUGUGCCUUCAAUGACAAAGUGUAUGCUACUUACCAAGUGACAAGGGGUUUAGCUAGUCUCAACAGCUGUGUAGACCCUAUUCUGUAUUUUUUGGCAGGUGAUACCUUUAGAAGAAGACUUUCCAGGGCAACCAGAAAAGUGUCUAAAAGAAGCGAGCUCCAUGUACAAUCAAAAAGUGAGGAAGUAACUCUUAACAUUUUAGCAGAGUAUAAACUGAAUGGAGACACAAGUUUGUGAAUGCAAAAGACUUGCAAGCAUUUACAAAACAAAACAAACCCCUCUGUUUUUAAUGUAGUAGAAUGCUCUAGUGCCACAACUGGGAAAAAUCUAGUGAGCCAGCUGGCAAACUUGUUUUGGAGGGGUGAAAGGGUGUCUCAUUUUGUGAGUCCAGGGAGAAUUUAAGCAAAGUAAAUGCUUUUCAAAAAAUCUUAAGGGAGGAAAAGCACAUCAGAGUUCUGUUUUUAUCUUUUUUUUUAUGUUCACAUCAGUAUAUCUUUCUGACUGGUGUCAGAUAAAAUGAAACAAAGCAAAUCCCAUAGAGGAAAAAUAUAGCUUCAAACGUGCUGCAGUUGUUAAUUCUUUUCUCUCUCCAUUAAUAACAACAGAUUAAAAAAUAAAUCUCCAAGAAAAAUAAAAAUACUUCCAUCCAUAGCCUCUUCUUUUACACUCACACUAAAAGUUGUUUACAUUAAGACUAUGAUGCAGGAAUCUUGAAUGUUACCUUGUGAUUUCUGCAUUUUCUAUUUCUGGAGCAAGUGAUACAAUUUUGGUAGCUUAGUGGUGUCUUUUCUGAUUGUAUCUUCACUAAAGGCUUGAUUCUUAUAAGGAUAAGUUCCUGGUCCAUGUCUAUCAUGAUUCACACAAAUUAUUGUUAUUGUAUAUGAAAACUAAAAGUGAUAUCUUGGUCCUGUUGAUGUCAAUGCUUUUGAUUUUAGAAGGCCCAGAAUUUCAUAUGGUGUUUGCGUACAGACGGAUGUCUAGCUUUUUAUGCAAGCAGCUACCAAGGCAUGCACAGUCACACUACAUUUUAUGUAGAUAUCACCUACAAAUCUGAGUACGGGUGAGCCUUUACUUCUGAAAAAAAAUGGACCUGCAUAUCUAAAUAUUCAAUAUUUCAGUCCUUGCUGAAGUAAAACCCUCACUAUCCUCAGUGGAAAGAACCAAACAAUGGACCUAAAUAAUGAUUGCAAGAAUGGUUUGGGGCAAAUAGCAGGACCAAAUUCACAGAUUUGGAAGAAACCUGCUAUUUAGGAUUACAAAUCUUGGCCAGUCCUUUGUUGCAGCUCUCACACUUGGCACCAGAUGCUGGAAGCUGAUAUGAAUUAUCUUACAGGUAACAUACUCUAUUAUUGAAAAUACUUUAAUUUUUAUCCACAUAAAAGUCAGAGAUAUUUGAAUUAUCUUAACCUUCAUUUAGUACAAGCAUUUUUCACUAGCUUAUCAUCUUGUGAUAACACAAGUUGUUUCCCCGGCAAAUUCUUAUCAAAAUAGGUUAAAGAACAAUAUUUGUUGGAAUCAGGAAAAAAGAUACAUUUAAUGUUUUAACUGUGAAUAAAGAAUUACUGUAUCAAUAGAAUGUUGUAAACCACUGCAAAUAAUUUCAUGCUGAGGAGUGGGUACCUUCAUAAAUUGUCUCACCCAAAUGUGUACAAGGGUCACCUAAAAUUUGGCAAAAUAAUACAUUCUAUAACGCAGCAGUCAGUGAAGAUUUGAGGACAGGCAGUAUUGUGGGGAACAUAGCCUUAUUUCAUAUGGAUAUCGUUGGAAAUGUCUCAAAGUAUUAUUCAGUUUGAUGCACAAAGUGGUGUGGUAUGUAAUCAAGUAAAUGAUUUUAAUAACUUCCAAAAAACUUUAUACUAGAGAUUAAAAUAAAAUAUUUCCAUUUUAUUAAUUUCCAAGGACUGAGUACAUGCAGAAAAUGAAUAGCUCUAGAUAUUGGUUGAUAACUCAGAAAUAUAAAACUACUUGUCUGCACAAAUUAUUUAUUUAACUUAUUUAUUGCAAUACUAAGUACAAUUAUAAAGUAUUGUUUAAUAACAUUUUUAAUUCUAUAUUUUUCAUAUUUUCAGAAUUGGGCAUUAAUGGAAAAAUAGAACAGCAUGUUUGAACUGUUGUAAUACCUUGUACUCUAACUGAACAUCUUUUAUAUUAAACUCUCAGACAGAGCCCUGCAAUACAUUUUGGACUACCAUUUGCUGUUGAUGUACAGUCUGUAUGUAAUUUAAGCUACUCUUUAGCAAGCAUAACAUUUUAUAACAAUGCUCAAAAUCUCACAUAAUCCUCUAAAUCAAAAAAAAUGUAGAUGCAAUGCAAAAAAUCAAGACAAACUCUUUGUGACACAACAUAAUUAAAUGUAUAGACUUUGGUUCUCGUUAACACUAAGGCAAAGUCUACACUACAAACCUUACAACGGCACAGAUGUAUAGAUGUAGCUGUGCUGUUGUAAGGUGUCCAUGUAGCUGUGCUGGUGGGAGGUAGUGCUCCUUCUGACAUAGCUCUGUCUACACCAAUGCUUUUCUCUGCAAAAUUUAUGUCAUCUGGGGUGUGUUUAUUCACACUUUGAACUGACAAAAAUUUUGCUGACAAAAAAGCUAGUGUAAACAAAGCCUAAGGCGCCUUUAUGCUACCAGAGAAGGAGAAUCAACCCAACAGUACAUGGUGCGUAACUGCACUUUUGAGACCAUACUUAAUUGACAAAUGCAUUGAUAGGCUUGGCAGAUGAAUUAAGGAUAGUGUUAGAAUGGACUUGUAGACUGUGCUUUGAAUAUCUGUUUUUAAGGGUUCAAAUUCCAAGUUGGAUUUUUUCAGUUUUAUGAUCUAUUUUUUUCCUUCAAUUAGAAAAUUUUGAAACAUGAAACACAUGUGCUCAAUAGAUUUACAUAAUUUUUUAUUUAGAUACGUUUUUAAAUAAAAGUAUCAACCCACUGUUGUUGUUUUUUAAUGUGUAUCGAUGCUAUGCUAAGCCAUAUUGGCUCUCCAUUAAUGUAUAUUAAAUCUAAAAAAUCAGCAGCAACAAAAUAUUAGGGGGUACAUAUAGGGGAAGUAAGGAUCUGCACAAAUCCAUGGGAAACUCAGGAAGCCAAUGUUCUCUCUCAUUAAGUGGUAGAAUGUCCACCACUCUGCUACUUUGUGAGGUACAACAUUCUCCCUACAGCAUAUUGGUUCCCAAACAUGGAAUGCUAUUGUGCCUUCCCCAUAUACAGGCCACAAAACAGUGGAAAGUUCAUUUUUUAAUCAUCUUGUCUGUCUAAACUCAUGUAACAGACAGGCCCAAUAACUCAUUAUGGGCCAUUGUGGUAAUAUUUUAUGUAAACAAGAUUAUUUUUUAAAGAUGAUUUGCAGAGGCAAGACACCUCUUUCCAGUAACUUUACAUCAGUUAUGUCCUAGAAGUCUCCAUGGUGCAAUUAGGAGAGGUAUUAAUCACAUUUUAAUCUUAAAACGUACUCUGUUUUCUUUCUUUCAGGUCCUGUGACAUUCAGAACUACCAACACUGCCAUCCUAUUCUGAUGUGAGUCCCUAACAUGCACCAUACUGAGAUGUCGCAGCUACCACUGAAUGCAGCUGGAACAUGGAGCUGGUCCAAAAAAAUCUCAUGUUAAGUUCACACUUUUUACAACAUGACAGUGUUUUGCACACAUUCUGUACCUCAGAGUAGAUAGAACCACUGCAAAAUCAAGUCACAGGAUAAUAAGAGUGACUCUAACUCAGUGCUCCAGCAUGGCUACUUUCUACCUGCAGCAUCACAGCAUGGUGUGUGUUGGGCAAUAGCAUCCGAGGAGGAUCUGGUGAACGGUGGCAGGGCUGGAUGAUGUGGGACCAGAAAUAAAUUGUUUUCUUACUCAAAGUGGUGUAACUCCUUUGGGAAUUAACCAGAUAUAUUGGUAAAUACCAGUUUGGUAUUCAAUCUUAUUAAAAUGAAUUUAAUACUAGUGAAAGGUCUGACAGGCCUUGAGGUCCUGACAGGCCUUGAGGACAGCUGUCCCCUAUCCCCCAUUUAUUCACAACACAAGCAUCAAUAGAGAAAAUCCCCUAAACUUGCCUCACCAAACUGACCUAAAGAAACCACCUCUAAGCCUGUGAGGUGUAUAUAGUGUUCAUUUCCAUUCAGACCUUGCUGACACUGCUGAGAAUGAGGCCAUUUAGUGAUAGUAGACUUUAUAGACUUUUUCACUAGGACCUGGACACAGGCAAUCACCUCCUUACACAAAAGCUGCCUAACAGUACUGACUUUGCUUUUUAGUGUGCUUGACCAGACUUGAACCAGCUAUUUUCUCUUGGCAUCUUUGCUUGGUAAUCUUCUAAAUGUACAUUAUUUAUUUAAAGAUCCAUAAAAGCUCUUAGGAUAAACACUUUUAUUAAAAAACCCUUUAAAGAAAUAGAUAUUUGAUCUAAACAGAGCUAUAAUGAUCUGUAUAGAAACAAGUGACUGUUCAUGGUAUAUUUGCAUUUUAUAGGUCGAUAGGGUCAAAUCUACCUCAUUUAUGCUCAUGUGCUCCCAGGAGGCAUAAUGUCUAGUACAAUAUGAAGCAAUUGUAAUCUAGUUACUGUAUGGCAGUGGGCACUUUAGAAAUUUCAGUAGCUUGAUAUAUUAUCUAUUUAAAUUUGUUGUUUUUUAAACUAGUAGUUUUGAGUCCAGUUUAUGCAUUAGUAGCCUAAUUAAAAUUACAUUUUAAAGACAGCAAGUGUCAAGUUCUGCCACUGGAUGAACAUGAGUAGGUCCCAUUGAAUUUAGGGACAACUUCUCAUGUACAUUUAAGGACAGAAUUUGGGAUUCAGUUAUUGUUUUUGUAUGGGACACAUAAUAAGCAUUAAUAAUUGCAUUACAGCAUUCCCAACAUUAAAACCCAUGGUAGGGAAACUUCAGGAUUUUCCUUUCGCCAAGAUGCCACUGAAUUCUUCCUUCAUGAGAAAAGAUGGAGAAACAAUGGAGGCAGGGGACACAGGACCUGUAGGCUGCAGAUCUGUCAAGGGCCAGCACUCCUCCAUCUGGCAGCUAGUUAACCCUGGUGAACCGCCAUCAUUUUAUUGCCCACUCCUGCCUUAAAGAGAUGUGGUCUUGCUACUGGUCAUUCCAGUUGAACUUGUACUGUUUCCCUCUUUGUGGGGAGGAUACAGUGCACACUACAGGGAAGAGCAUUAACUCCUGUUCCUAUUGCCCAUUGCAUCUCAAUGGAUUCUGAGUGGCACAUGAAAUAUAAAUUGGCUGUUCCUUUUAUUCACUCAUCUUCUACUCCAAAAGUGGGAUCCUCUGGAUCACAGCACAAAAGAAGAGGAAAACAUGUCAUCCUGGCUUGGCUUACUCCCACUGCUUCUGGGGCUUUUUUUUUUCUGUCCAUAUUGCUUUCGUGUUUUAUUUGGUCUGGUGUGUACCUCGUACCCAAAGGAAGCAAUGAUUUCUAACAUCUUGCCCAUUUUCCAAAAAUGUAAUUAAUACUUGUUAUUCCUAGUCAAAAUCAUUAUAGUGCCCACUUUCUAUCUUGAGUAAAGUUUUGCUGGAUUCUACCUGCAGUUCUCUCUCUAGACAUUCAUUUCAUGAGCAUGGGUUCUGAGUACCCAUGUGGGCACAAUUCCCAGAAAUGUAUCUGGAAGUUCCAGCACCAAUAAUAUAUAGCAUUUAUAUAAUAGCUUACAUGUUCAGUGUGAUGUUAUACAAACAUUAACUCCUUUCUAAUGAAGAUAAGAAUCAUUAUUCCUAUUUUAUACACAGACAAGCUGACACAGAGAGGUGAAGCAAAUUGCUCAUACAGUUAAUCAACAACAGAACCAGGAUUAGAAUCUGGAUGAUUCUGACUCCCAACCCCAGUAUUCAUUCAUAUAACCAUGCUACUUCUUGUACAUGUAAUUAAUGGGAGCUUUGCAUGCAUAUUUGAGGGCAGAAUUUGACCUUCAAAUGGAAGAUGUCUUAGACCCACUAAAAAUCCUUAAAUAUAAUAUAGUAGCUUGACUUCCAGUGUUUAUCACUAUUAUAUUUGCUGUACUAUUUUUAAUUCCUGAUGUUUUAGUCACCAUUGAGAAUUUGACCACUUAGUGUUGUAUCUGGGGUGUAAAUUGUAUUGGCAUCAUCAUUUCAAACUAUUAUGAAGGAAUACAAUGAGAUUUACAUGCUAAAAUGUUUUGUGAAUUUGGAUUACAUUGUGUUUCAAGUGCAUAUGUGAAAAUGUUUAUUUUUCUAUAAUUCUAUGUGAUUAAUAUCGGUGAGUGCAUCUAAUAUACUUGUGAUUAGCAGUGCCAUUUACUUUGACUUGCCUAUGGAGAGAGUGUUACUCAAUAUUUAAGCUUCUCAGGUUCUGUAGUUGCUUUAACUAAAAAAACCUAGUUGUGCAUAACUCAUGAAUAAAAUAAUUGUUUAUUUUCUAUAAAGCACCGUGUCAUUUGCAUGCAGUUUUUGUGUAAGGCAUGGUGUUAGAAAUUGUAACAAUUUUUAGUGACAACAGAAUUGCAAUGCAAUCAUCAGAGUUACUGGCAUUGUACCUAUCAACUUCAGACUGAACA